GAAACAGGGGUAUCGAUCAAUUUGGGUUUUUCUCACCUCUUCAAUUCUCUCUCAACUCCUCUCCUCUUUCCUCACGUGUUCUUCUCCUUCCUCUUCUCUUCUUCUUUAUCUUCUAAAUCUUAACUUCUUCUUUCUUCUUCAAGGAGAUUCAUGAUGACAUUGGUGGAUUUUCCAUUUAUCUAGUAUCAUUUUAUUAAGCUUUCAAUGUCGUUGUAUUUGAGUACCAUUUAGUGAUAUAAAACUGAAUAUUGUCCCAAAAUUCAUUUACUUUUCGCAAUUUACUUAGUUUGAGUUUAGAUCCAUAUCUGGAUCAUUACACUUUGUUUCCAGAUUUUGAUCUUUAUCCUGCUUCAUGGUCUGAUUUCUGAGUUGAUAAUUAGCCAACUUUUCACGUUCAUCUGUCUCAUUUGUUUUAUCCUUUGGAGCCUGUUCCUCAUGGCUCUCCUCUUGAUGAACAUCGUCGAUUUGGAGAGUCUCCUUCACCACUGCAAUAGUUUAAUUUGUUCAUUUUGAACUGACUCUGAUAUAUUGCCUUGCUCAUCCUGCCAGGAGUAUCAGGUUUGAAAGUAAUCUUGUUUCUUUGGCAUCUUCUUAGUUUUUCUUUUCUUGGUUUUCCUCUUACUGGUAUUUGUGUGUUUGGAUGUAUAAGCUUUCUCCUCUUUGUGUUUGAUAUUGUGUUCCUGAUCAUUCAUUGCCUCUUUUCCCUUAAUAUUGUUUUCAUCUUCUUCACGAUUCUCCUGACUUGCCUCCUUUGCAGCUUGUUCAACAGCAUGUUCUUCUUCCUUUUUCUUUUUUUCCUCUUUUGCCUUUGUCAAAAUUUUUCCAUAAUUCUGCAGUUCAACAAGUUAUGUCCAAUCUUCUUGCAAUGUUUGCAGUAUUUUGGGAUACCCUCGUAUUCCAACUUUCGAGUAAACCCUUUAGAGGUUUCUGCCAUAGUUUCAAAGUUACAGGUACUUCUUGUUCUCCAUGACCAUCUUUUUAAAACUUCUUAUCAUUCUGCCGUUUUUCAAAAUUGUAAGUUAUUAUUUGUAUUGCGCUCCUUAUUCACAAUCAUCAUUAAUUUGCUUGCUUUCUUGUUUUAUUUUUUUGCAUAGAAUAUUUUGCUUAUUUGUUGUGCUUUCCCAUGCUUUUGUUAAACCAUGACUCUAGAAUUGUAUAAUACACCUGUAUGUGAAUGCUGGUUUACUUUGUGGAAAUUUCUCGUAUUGUUCAUGUUGAGUUAAAUGUCAAUCUGAAAUUUUACUUGUUGAAGCUGCUUGUUCAUUGUUCAUCUAUGUGAACAAUGUAUUUCUUUUUAAAAACCGAAAAAAAUCGAAAAAACCAAAUAAUCGAAAAAACCAAAUAAUCGAGAAAACUGAUAAAUCCCAAAACGAUAAGCUAGAGUACGUGAUUUCUGUGAACAUGUUGUUGCCUCCUCCUAAUAAAGGCAUUUUCUGUAAACAUGUUUAUAUUCAUAUUUAUUUUAGCAUCUUACGUAGUUUAAUUAGUUGUGCAUCUCACUUAAUUUUGUUAUAGAUGGCUGAUCAGAAUAAUCAAGAUAAUAGGCAAAUAUUGGGACAAGUGAGCUCUUUAGCAUCAUAUAAUGCUCUCUUAGCAUUUAUUUGGUUUUGGAAUUAUGCACGUGAAAUUGAAAAUGAUCGACGUACGAUCACACAUGCCAUACGCCCUGAAAGAGAGCAAGUUAGAGAUGAGCUAUUGAGUCAUCUAUUUUCUUCAGAACUUUGUCGUAAUAUUUUAAGAAUGACCCCUUCGGCUUUUACCAGUCUCUGUGAGAUGUUAGUUAGAGAUGGAGGUCUUAGACCAACACUUCGAGCUACAGUUGAAGAACAGGUUGCGAAAACACUUUACCUGUUAGCACAUAAUGUGACAAAUCACGAACUAUCUUUCAUCUUUCGACGAUCGGGGGAGUCGGUCAGUCAUCAUUUUCAUGUUGUCCUACGAGCUAUAUUGGGGCUAUACGAAAUAUUUAUUAAACAACCUGAUGGAUCCCAAGUUCCUUCUGAAAUUGCCAGCAACCAAAGAUUCUACCCAUAUUUUAAGGUGAAUAGAGUUAUGAUUUUACUCAAACUUUAGCAAUGUCAAGAUUGUUUGCAUGUUCAUUGAUUAUUAUAAUAUCAGGAUUGUAUUGGUGCAAUUGAUGGAACACACGUACGUAUUAAAUUUUCACAAAGUGAAGCCCCAAAAUACCGUGAGAGGAAAGAUUAUCUGUUGUACCUCGCGUUUUCAGAGCAUGAGUAUGACAUGUACCUCACCAUAGUAAUGGGGUGUCGGAGACGUCCCAUGACGUUUUGAAAGGCGCAAGUCAUGGAAAGUACGUAACAACAAUGAAAAAGGGUGAAUUACGAUCUCGUAAGUCGUAAUCGGGAAAGAGUAUUUUGAAACACGAGAACAUGGCCAUUAUUAGUAUAAUAAGUGAUAAAUAUCAUGUAUGGAGAGUUUCGGAAUAUUUCGAGAUCGAGCAAAUUGAAGAAAAUAAGUUCGACAAAAAUUUGAGAAAUGCUGGAAGGAUUUUUUGUCAACUUUGGAGGGUAUAUCUCCAUGUAUAUUAGGAUUUUUAAUGUGAAACAAAAGCCUAAAAUGUAGUUCGUCGAAUCUAGUUUAUAAUGCAACAAACCUCUUGUCGAUAGGACAUCGGAGUAGAGAAUUACAGACGUUACAAACUGAGCUGUCGACGCAGAAACAGAACUGCUACAGUACUGCUACAGUGAUGCCGACCCAACCCACUAUAAAAGGGAUUAAAAUCCCAUUUUCUUCAUCAAAACUUGUCCAAAACUUUCCAGAAAAUUCAGCAACAAAAAGGGGCUUAAAUCCCACAUAAAAGUGAGGAUUUUGAGUGAAAUUCAAGCUAUGGAAUAUCAAUCGAGGUCCAGGCAACGCGUAGACGCGAUUAUAAAUUCGUUUUGUGUUGAAGUGAGUUUGGGAACAAGUGGGUAUUGAAGAUCUUGUUACUUGAGUAAAAGAUCUUGUUACUUGAGUAAAUACAAGAUUACGAGGCUAUGAAUGAUCUUAAGUGAAUUGCAAAACUGGAAGUAAGUCGGAAGUCGAGAAAUUAUUUUUCAGGUGUAUACAGAUGAGUAGAGGAUAUUGCUAGAAGAUGUUCCAACGGGAUUGACGAGCUCCAUUUCUUUCCGGAGUGUUGCCAAGUCAGAGCAUGUGCGUUAUGAUAUAUUGAUUUAUGUUAGAGACUUUGCAGACAGAGUCACGUAUAUAGCCUGCCAGUCUAGCAAGCAACUAUUUGAGCCGAUGUAUUCAGUAUGCAUUAAUUUACAGAUUUCAUAUGAUUACAGUUUUACUUGGUUUAAGAAAGACGAAAAGAAUAUUUUUCUGAAAAACUUCCAUUAUGCAUUUCAAUUCAUGACCUGAAAGUCUAGUGAGAUUAUGAGUAUAAUGAGAGCCAGUGGGUUCGCUCGACUCUAAGUAAGGGUCGGGUGCCCAUCAUGCCCUAUCAGGAUUAGGGUGUGACAUUAUCUAACACAGAAUGUAUUAGCUGCAUGAUCAUUUGAUUUAAAAUUCACAUAUGUGUUAGCUGGGUGGGAAGGUACAACAUCUGAUUCAAGAAUUAUGAAAGAAGCACUAAAUGGACAAGACCCAUUAAAAAUUCCAGAAGGAAAAUACUACCUUGUUGAUGCUGGACUCAUGUUAAGAAGUGGGCUUAUUACACCUUAUCAGGGGGAGCGAUAUCACUUGAAAGAGUAUUCAAGAAAUCCACCUCGAAAUGCUCGUGAAUUAUUUAAUUUGCGACACGCUUCUUUGCGUAAUGCUAUUGAACGAGUAUUUGGAGUUCUUAAAAAGAGAUUUCCUAUAAUUUCUAGUUCAACGGAGUCCUCAUAUUGUACUGACACCCAAAAGCUUAUUAUCUUUGCAUGUUGUAUUUUGCUCCACUACUUAAGAGGUGUAGAUCCAAAUGAUGAGUUACUUGCUCAAGUUGAUGCGGAGCAUAUGAAUGAUAAUGAUGUGCAUGAAGAACUUCCAAAUCAUCCUAGGGAGAGCACUGAGGAAUAUAGAAGAGGGGAAUUGAUUCACAACCGAAUGAGAGUAAUUAAAACUAAAUUUGCCAAAUGCUAUGACACAUUUCAAAUGGGGAUGAGCGGGUUUUCAUGGGAUCCCAUAACAAAUAUGUGGGAUGCUGAACCUGAAGUAUGGGACCAGUUAAUUCAGGCUAAGCCUGCAGCUGCUGAGCUGAGGACCAUGUCAAUUAGAAAUUAUGAUAAACUAAUAAUACUGUAUGGAAAGGAUCGAGCUACUGGAAAGCAUGCUGAGACUGGACCAGAUAUGUUAAAAAGAGGUGCUCGUAAAAAUUUGAAAAGAUCAAGUACUAGUUCGUUGACUAUUGAUGAGGUAGAUGAGAUGAUUUUAGUGAAUGCUGCUUCGUUGGAAAACACCGAGGAACAUGGACAGGAUAAGCAGAAUCAACCAACUAAUGGUGAACCUACAUCGAAACACCGACUCCUACCAGAAAUAAGAAGUCUAAACAUUAUCAUCUUGACGAAAUGGAUGACAUGUUGAGAGGUGGGACGGACAAUUUGGCUCAUGCAAUUAACCGACUUUCAACUAUGCCUCCUAUUCCUGCGAAUGAGAUAUGGCAAAUGGUAAAGGAGAUGAAUUUGGAAUGUCACAUGAGCAAUAAGGCUUAUAUAAUUUUUUGUAAAAACGCAAAUAUGUGUUGCACACUGAUGGGAUGUCCGCAAGAAGACUGCAAAAUUCUUUUAUUGACCAUGAUGUCACCCGAAGAUUAAGUUUAGAAUAAUGUUAUUUAAAUUUUAAGUAUUUAUGAUUUUGUGGACCGCAUGAAUACUUCGUUAUUGACACUUAUUUCGUUAUGCAUUUUAAGCUAUGGAUUAUAUGAAAAAUAUAGGCA